AAAGCUGGGUUUUGUGGACGCUACUUUGAAAAAGUUCGGAACGCCCAAAGAAUAUCAUAAAAUCUAAAUUCAGUAAAAUGGAUAUUGAUUAUGUAGUUCGCGAUGAUAUGUCUAACAUGCUUCCACAGAUACCCAUUCACUAUAAAAGAUAUCGUUUUUUUAUUUCUACUAGCCGUAUAAUUUUUAUAUCAAGAUCUGAAUUGACUAUCCGUAAGUUAAAUAUUGUAUACCAAUCGUUGACAGUAAUAAUGUCUGGCGGCCUCAAUCGACUAUGUCAUCGCGUAUGUUUAUGAAGGAAUUAAAUGAUGGAUGGCGUUAAUGCAUUGAUCCAACUAUGUAUUAUUCUAUCGCUCUGAUAAAUGAGGUAUAUGUCGGCCGAUCGAGUUACAAGAGACGCGUGAUGUCAGUUUAUGACAGAAAACGUGACAGUGAUGACUAUGGCAACUACCAUAGAACAGGCUCUGCAACCUUUGCUUCUGACCGCCUCCGUUGUUGGUCUAGGUGUCUACUCCCCGAAGAAAUUUUAUUUAAGUAUACUCUACAAUCUGACAAUAUGGAUCGCUUAUUGGUUUCUUUAUUAUUACGCUGUGGUUAUGUUGAAAACCGAAAAGUGGUUUCUAACGCUAUCUACUAUAGUCAAUUUGCAGAUUACUGCUCUCACCACCGUGACAUUUAUUAUCAUGAACUUAUAUCAACAUAAGAGAUUCCGAAUAUUCUUCAAAAGACUUGCUGCUAUAGAUGAUACGCUAAAGGAACUAGGCACUCAAAACGUAUAUGGAAAGCUGCACACUUGUUCAAACUGGACAUUAAUUGGAUGGUGCAUAUGCAGAUUUAUAGCGGAUACAAUUGAUACAACAUGGUGGUUACGUGUGACAAACGAUAAUCAAAUCGUAGUUCUGCCCUACAUUGUAAAUCAUCAUGAGCAUGUGAAUAUGCUUAUGGAUUUGAUAUUUAUGACUCUUAUAUGGUACAUUGGCACCAGAUUUGACGAGAUAUAUGAACACAUGAAAUAUCUGCUGGUGAAGCAGGAACAUAAAGUAAAACGUACAUGGAGAAGAACUGUGACUACUCGUCAAUAUAUCAUGUAUCCUGACAAUUACAAGCGCGUGCUAUGGACCGUAAUGUAAAUCGGCAUCUCCACUUAGAAUUGUGUCAAAUCGCUCGUGAAUUAAACUCAAUGUUCGGAAUACAAAUGACUAUAGAAGUGACAGCUUAUUUGAU